CAAAUAUCCUACUUGAGUUUGCCCAUGCUUGCAACGAUGGUGGAAGACAAGAAAAAGAAUUCCAAUCUAUACAUAGAGGCAGCAAAGGUUCUUCAUGAAAUCUACGACAAAAAAGGAUCAAUAAAAACCAGUGUGUAUGGAUCAUCCUUCCAGGACAAGCAGAUGUUGUCAGCAUUGGUCAAUCAGACACUUAGAUAUGCUAAGAUCCUGGAAACAGUUGUCAAGCGCACCAAGCUACUAGAGAAAAAUAAGCUAUUGUGGAAUGAUGAGAUGCUGGCCCGAGUUUUACUGUAUGAUUUCAUGAUUGGGCCUGGGCUGUUUAGACCAGGAAGAUUAAAGGUAGUGGUAGCGAAGAAUAGAGAGUGUAUAACCAGUGAAUUUGACAGACUGUUGACUGUCUAUGGAGUACAGCACUAUGCAGAUUUACCCUACUCAACAUCAGAAGCUCUGCCGAGGUAUGUUCGAGUGAACCUGAUCAAAGUUACAAUGGAGGAAGUAAUUAAGGUGUUUAUGGAUGAUGGAUGGACAUUGGUUCCUAUGCCAGAUGAGGUUGACAGUUUUAUAGAAGCCUGCAGAAAUCUUGGAGAGGCUGAGUUUAUGAAAGACUUCCAUCUCUCUGAUCUUUUGGUGUUCCCUGCAUAUACUGAUCUCCAUAAUCACCACUUAGUACAGAAAAGCAAAGUCAUUUUACAAGACAAGGCUAGUUGUCUCCCUGCUCACAUUUUGUCACCACCAGAGGGAGCUGUUGUUGUAGAUAGCUGUGCUGCUCCUGGCAACAAAACAAGUCACCUGGCCAGUUUAAUGGGCAAUAAUGGAACAAUCUAUGCCUUCGAACACAAGGCAGAGAGGAUAGCCAUAUUUCAGGAUCGUAUGGAGGCAGCUGGUGUGACGUGUAAAGUGGCGCGGUGUAUGGACUUUCUCAGGGUAAAGACAGACAGUCAGGCCUAUAAGGAUGUAAAGUAUAUUAUGGUGGACCCUUCCUGUAGUGGAUCAGGUAUUGUAAAUAGACUAGAUGACUUGACUAAUGAUGAUUCCUCCACUACGCAACACCGCCUCGACCAACUCCACAAACUCCAGGCCAAGAUUUUACGACAUGCCUUCUCAUUCCCAAAUGUGAAAAAAAUUGUUUAUUCCACAUGUUCUGUCCAUGAGGAGGAAAAUGAACAAGUCUGUGAGGAAAUCUAUAACAGAUUCAAGGAAAGAUUUAAAAUACAAAAAGUCAUGAAAGAUUGGCCAGAGAGAGGAAGAGAAGGCUACCAGAAAAGUGACCAUUAUCUGCGAGCAUGCCCAGACAGAACACUGACUAAUGGGUUCUUUGUGGCUCAUUUUAAAAGAAGGAAAAACAAAGAGAAGAAGACAAGUGAGGACUCUGGAAUGGAAAAUGAAAAUGUGGAAGAAGGAUAUUAUAAUAAAGAAAAAUUUAGUGACAAUGAUAAUGAAUUAGAUAUGGAUAGAAAGAAAAAGAAGAAAAGAAAGAAAGAAAAAAAGGAAGUGUUAGAGGAGGAAAGAAGUGAGAGAGAGAAAAUGAAGGAAGAUGGCAAAGUGAGAAUGGAAGAUGGAGAUGUUGUCAAAGUGAGAAAAAGUAGGAAAAAGAAAAUAAAAGGGAAAGGUGAGCUCACAAAUGAUAAUGAAAAUGACAAAGUGAAGAACAUUCAUAAAGAGGAAAGUCAAAGGGAACAUUUACUAGCAAUGGAAGCAAGUGACAAAGUAAGAAAAAGUAAAAGGAAAAUAAAAGAGACAGACAAUGAAAUAAGAAAUGAAGACUGUGAAGAGGACAAAGUGAAGAAAAGUAAAAAGAAGAAAAGAAAGGCAGAUGAUGGAUUAACAGUGGAAAACUGUGAAAAUGACAAAGUGAAGAAAAGUAAAAAAGAGAAAAGUAAUGGGGAAGAUGUACCAACAAUGGAAGAUAAGGUAAAGAAAAAGAAAAAAGAAGAAAAGAAAAGAAGAGGGAGAACACUGACAUUGGAAGAGUGUGAAGAUGAUAAAGUGAAAACAAAGGAAGACAGAGAACCAGCACAUUUGGGGAAAACACAACACUGA